UACUAUCAAUCAGCCGGAACUAGGGUUUUUGGGUCUGAGUAGAAUUAUUGCGAGAGGAAGACGAAAACCUGCUACAGAAAAUGGGAGGUCGAGUAGCUCAAAAUCUAAUUCAAUUUGCUAAUUUACCAAUUAAGCUUCUCAUUCCUUCUACAUUCAACAACAUCAGAGAAAUCGCUUUGAAAACCAUCCCUUCCGCCUCCAAAAUCCAGAUAAAGAGGGUUUUGGAGUCUGUCUAUGGAUUUCAGGUGGACAGGGUUCAUACGCUGAACAUGGACGGGAAGAAAAAGAGAAGCGGAGGACUAUUGAUUGCUAAACCGGACUACAAGAAGGCGUACGUUACACUUAGGAAUUCGUUGUCAAUUUCUCCUGAAUUGUAUCCCAUUCACAUUAUUGAAGAUGACAAGAGGAAGAUGGCCACGAAAGACCCUAGAUCGAGUAUUGUGGAGGAAGGAGAAAUGAAAGCUCCUCAUUGGCUUGAUGGUAGGGAUAAAGGCGCAAAUGCCUUUCCUGAGAGUGGUCGUUUUGGAAAGAACCGUGCUAACAAUAGGACUCCUAGCAGCCGUGGUGGACGUCAUGGAGUGUCAUCGAGCUACACCAGGUCUGAUAGCAGGCGUGGUGUCCGUGAUGAAGCACCGGUGAAGUUUCCUUGGAGCAGUAUGAGGAAUUCUAGUAGUAAUCGUGAUGGAGUGCCAACGAGCAGCCCGAGGAAGACUUCUAGUAGCCGUGGUGGUCGUAAUGGAGUGCCAGCAAGCAGCACGAGGAGGACUUCUAGGUAGUUUCUCCGUGGCCUUGAAAGUUAUGUUAGAUUUUGAGUUUUUUGACAGGAGCUAUGAAGAUCGUCAAAACACAUGUUGCAGUUUCAUUAAUAGUGGAACUAUAGUACUGCUAUUACAGUUGGAUUUUCAUCUCCUUUGAACGUUAAUUUUGAGUAUGCCCUCUCCUGAGCAUGCCUUUGAAAUUUUCAUUUCAUAUUUCCCAUAAGAUAGUAGCCUUUUGGUUAUACUUUUCUUGUGUUAUAAUGAAAAGAAGGAUCAGUUUGAGAUGGUUUCAUCACUGUUUACAAAUAAUGUUAUCUUGUACUA